AGCCCCCGCCGCUCCCCCGGGCUCCCCGGCCGGCCCCGGGGCGGGCAGGGAGGGCUUGGGGUGCGCGGCUGCCAGCUCGGUGCGAGGUGGAAUUUUAAUCUGGUUCCAGGCAACAAAUGUGAUUAACCGGUCGAUUCGCUUCCUUGCUGCUGUUUGGCAUUCUCACAGUGAACAUCUUUCCACCGUAGAAAAAGACACCAACGGAGAUGCUUUGUGGGUUUGGUGUUAUCCGUCCGUAACAGCUGAGCUGAGGAGUCUCUUGCUGAGAAAAUGCUGCCUUACCGAUGAAAAUAAUAAGUUGCUUCACACCUUUGUGUUUGGUCAGUAUAAAAGAUCAUGGUUCUACAUCACAACUGUAGAAGUGCAAGAUUCUUCAGCCCUGAAAAAGGUGACCCACUUCUCUAUUAUCCUGACGGCCAAAGACUUUAACCCAGAGAAAUAUGCAGCCUUUACUAGGAUACUGUGUAGAAUCUACAUGAAGCAUGGGACCCCAGUUAAAAUGAUGGAGAGUUACAUUGCAGUCCUUACAAAGGGGGUCUGCCAAAGUGAAGAAAAUGGAUCUUUUCUCAGCAAAGAUUUUGAUGCUCGGAAGGCUUAUCUUGCUGGUUCCAUCAAAGAUAUAGUAUCUCAGUUUGGAAUGGAAACAGUUAUCCUUUAUACCGCAUUGAUGUUAAAGAAAAGAAUUGUAGUAUAUCAUCCUAGAGUAGAAGCAAUCCAGGAGUUUACCAGGACUCUACCUGCUUUAGUCUGGCAUCGACAAGACUGGUCAAUUCUUCAUUCAUAUGUACAUCUAAAUGAAGACGAAAUAGAAGCCUUAAAAGCCUGCACAGGUUACAUUGCUGGAUUUACAGAUUCUGAAGUGAGCAGUAGACCAGACCUCUACGAUGUGUAUGUGAAUUUGGCAGACAGUGAGAUCACUGUCUCCCCUGGAGUGAAAGAGGCAAUGACAAUGGGAAAACUUCACAAAGAGAUAGGACAACUAAUUGUUCAGUCUGCAGAAGAUCCAGAUAAAUCGGACAGCCAAGUCAUUAAGGAUAUUUCACUGAAGACAAAAGAAAUCUUGACUACUUUAGCAUCACUCACAGAAGUUUCUGAUGGCAGUGAUAAACCAACCCUUAACUCUGAGGCACUGAAACAAAAACGAUUUCCACCAGCUACAGAAAACUUCCUUUUUCAUUUAGCAGCUGCUGAACAAAUGCUGAAAAUCUGAUUUUGAUGCACUUCAGUGUUAUGGACCAAUAUGAAAAUACUGUUAUUGCCAUACAAAUCGGAAUAUCUAAAUUUUAUAUGGAAAAAUUAAAGGUAUAAGAGUGAAUGUCAUAUUUA